AUGUUCCGUGCCUCUCUCAGCUGCUGGUCCAACUAUGGGAAAGUAGGAGGUGGACAGACUGUCUCUGUGAUGAAAGGAGGUUGCAUGUGGAAAGGAAUAAUUCAACAUGAACUGGACCAUGCUCUGGGCUUUUUGCAUGAACAUUCUCGAAGUGACAGGGACGAACAUGUGAAGAUCGUGUGGGAGUACAUCAGUCCGUCUGACAGAUCAGACUUCAGGAAAUUUGAAAACUCCAAUAACCUGGAUCUUCCAUAUGACUACUCCUCAGUUAUGCACUACGGCCCAUACACAUUCACUAAUACCACUGGGAAAGCAACUAUUGUACCAAUCCCUGAUGAAUCAGUACCUAUUGGACAGAGGCAGGGACUGAGCAACUUGGAUGUGGCCAAAAUCAACAAACUUUACAAUUGUAGUCGCUGCAGCACUAUUCUCAGUGCAGCAUCGGGGACACUGAGGUCUGCCAACCACCCAAGAAAUUAUUCAGAUAACACUAACUGUGUCUGGCUCAUCCGAACCCGACUCAGACAGAUUUCCCUGCGAUUUCAAGCCUUUGAGCUGCAAACAACCAGCGGCUGUCAGGGUGAUUAUGUUAAAGUUUAUGAUGGACCCAGCAAGUCUUCUGCAGUUCUAAUGGACAAGACCUGUGGAUCACAGAUACCCAGUGUUGUAGUUUCUUCUAGUAAUCUUAUGCUCAUAGAGUUUGUCACAGAUGGUGCUGAUACAGCUUCUGGUUUCCAAGCCACCUUUACAGCUGUGAGAAUCCAGAGAAAAUCUAGAGCCCGCAACUGACUUAAUGAAGAAGAACUUAUUCUGUGAAUAUUGAAAUUAUGUGUUUCCUACUUUGCUCCUAUCCUGGCUUGGAUCAGUAUGAAAUUUAAUUCUAUUAAGAAUCAAAGUUUUCAUCUUCUUGAGAAAGUUUAUUCUCCAAGCCAUAUAAAUGUAUGAUUUCUACACAUCCGAUGUGCUCCUCCUUUUGUCUGCACAGUUAAGUUAUUGCCUCUUUCUAUUUAACAAUUGAAUAAAAAGCCUC